AUGGACACAAACAUCCCCAGCACCGCACAGGGAAAUUCGUACCUACCUCCCGAAGUUCACCUCAUAAUUUCGGAAAUCCUAAAGGACCAUGGUCAAUGGAACACACUGGCCGUACUGUCUCGGUCCUCGCAUAGGCUGAGGUCGAUAUACGAGCCACGAUUGUACAGCACCACCAAGCAUGCAAACAACCCGUAUUGCUACCCAUAUAAACUUUGGAGAAAAGAUCUAGCAUCAUGCUCAAACAACCUCCUUAAGGCGCUCAUGUGGGGUAUCGUCAAUGAAUCGAUGCCUGUGUUGGCUCAAGCCAAAGCGUAUGGAGCUGAUAUCAAUGCCUUGGUCGAGUACAAUAAUUGCUGUAAUUUCAACGAGCCGCGCCGGCAUGGCCGGGGAACGAUACUCCAGCAUGCUAUUGAGAGAGGCUGUGCCCGCUCUGUAGUAUGGCUGAUUCAAGAGGGCGCGGUGAUCAAGACGCCCGGCCAAGCUGCCGUCGACAUGUGCGACUGUGAAGAUCGCAGCCGACGCAACGGAGGGCCAAAGCACCAAUGCUCGACAUUACACCUAGCCUUAUGCAAAGGCCAUCUUGAAAUCGCAAAGCUCAUCAUGCAUCACUUCGGGCCAGCAGCUUUGAAAGAAUCGCAACGCAUCGACGGGUGUCUGAUCCUCCAAACAGCCAUGCAUACGGCCGACGCCAAGAAGGAGAUCAAGUUCUUAUUCGCCAUGUUGGAGUAUCCAAGCGUUCGCGAUCUAGUUAAUAUGGUUGACCCUCACACCCAACAAACCGUUCUUGAGGAAGCCCUGCUGCGUGCAGCGUAUAGUGGUCGUAAAUUUUUACGUCCAAUUAUCAAGACGCUUGUUCGCCAAGGAGGAGCCAGCCUCGAUCCCUACCCUGCUGGGUCUCACCAUGCAGGGCAGUCGCCGCUCCUUCACGUACUCAUCGAAAGCGGCUUUUAUGAAGCCAUACAUCUUCUCCGUCUAGGCUGCGACCCAGAUGGGAAGCCUACCACCACUGUCUCUCUGGAUCAGGGUUGGUUGACCCCGCUGCACUAUCUAAUUCGUCACGAAGGAGCUGUCAGAGGAGAAGACCCGGAAUGGAUGAUGGGUCGAGGAGUCAGUCUUGGUUUCAGGCGGAGGAGUGAGCGGGUCCUGCAAGUCAUCAAGGCACUCGUCGGCUCUGGAGCGUCGCUGAUGAUCAAAGCUUUUACCGAUUCCGACGCUACGCCCUUGGAGAACGCCAUUUCGCACGGCGCUCCAUUUCUCUCCCUCCCUCGCCGAGUUGCCACGUAUAAACUGUUGAGGCUCUUGCUCAGGAACGUCAAAGAGGGAAAAAUUACACAGACGGCGCGGGAAGAGGCGGAGCUAUGCUUGGGACGGAUCAAGGAGGAUCUUAGGGCUGAACAUGCCUUGUAUGAUUUGUCGGAUGAG